GCUGACUUGGGGAGGAGAUUUCCUCUGCUCGUGCUCGUCGUCGUCGUCUUCCUACUUGUCGUCUUCCUCCACGUGUGUUUGUCGUGGCGCCCGUGGAAACAACAUCGCAAGAGGAGGGCGUCGACGAAACGGUCGGCAGGAGAGCGUACAAUGGCGGGCAUGCAGGGACAUGCGGGUGUUGGUGCGGGUCAGGGCGGAAUACGAGCUGCGACGGCGGAGCCUCCACGGUGUUACGACCCAUCCAUGUACGCCCAUUUGCAGUCGUGGGAGACGCCGCUGCCCCCGUCGGACGAGGAGCCCGAGACGGAAGAACUGCCGACGUUGCCUCUUGCUAGCGGCUCGACGCAGAUUUGGUGGCAGACGGGGUUCGGGUUGCAACGAAGGGUGGGAGUCAGCGUACGGAUCAAACCACCCUUCGUGCCCAUGCGUCCGUCGCUGCCAGUGCCGGCCCAUCUGCAGUUCUUCGGCGUCAAGGUUCCACAGCACCGUCCGCCGAUUGAUCGACAAGUAACUGGCCUGCACGCAACGGAGCCGCAGCCGGGUCACCGCACAACACCGACCCAAUCCGACGUGAGGGACGCGGGUGCAUGCAGACCACCGGUGCGUCCAAUACCCACUGUGGAGAACAUCACACGAGGUGUGUUGAACAUGCAGGCACACAGUGAUGGCAGCGACGACGACGGUGUUGGCGGCGACGAUGUUGACGAGCGAUUGACGGAGGACGUGGACGCAGGGGACGACGACGAAGACAUUCCUGUUUAGAUCACCGACCCGUCGCAGCUGCAACAAGCAACCUCCCGUGCAUCGGCAGUGGAGAACAUCGCUCUCCACGUAUUGCACGGCUGGGUUUUCAAGUCUGGGAACCGCCCAAGGGGUUACAAUCUUGCUUUCCAGUACGCGCUAGAGUCUGUGGCGACGAACAUAGCGCGAGCUAUGUGGUACGGCGAGGAGUGGUGCAAUGCCGUCAUCCCGGCGGUUUGCGCACACACAAUAAAUCUCUCCAUGGACUUGCCACUGUGGUUCGCGGGCGUAAAAGUCGAGAACAGACCGGACGACGAUGACAUGGUGGCGUACCAGGAGUCCACCAUCAUCUACGUCGCGCAUGCGUUCCGGGCGGCGGUGCAAAUGGGGGCGGUCAUCGACGGCGAGUUCAUCUCACACGAUCGUCUUUGCCGGGUGGCUGACAGCUUUAAACUGUUGUUGGCGGCGUGCAUGUGGAUAAUGUGCAUGUCGGGAGACGAUCCGCGCAGCCACUUCGAAGCUUUCGACUUCGCGACGCUGGUGUCGAAGCCCACACUCGUGGCGUCCAUGCAUCGGUCGUUCAACCAUCGUCGAUCCAUUCGCCUCGCCGUGAAAGCCGUCACGGAAAGGCUCGGGAAGGCAAAUGCCACGUUUGGAGAGCACCCCGACUACCUUCCUCGAUGGGCAGACCGCGACAUUGUGUUCGGACACGACGCAAGGAUUGACGGGCCGGAGGAAGCUAAGAAGCUCGAUUGGUUGGGUUCGGGUAUCGCCGAUGAUGACAACGACGGCGACGACAAGAGUGACGCGUAAAGGGGGGGGAGGUGGGCAGUACGCGUGGGCGCGUGAGUGGUUCGAUCGACAUGCAAUUCGAAAGCGCUUUCAGCGCACCUUUUCUUUAGUCUUCUUUGUUUGUCUGCCCUCCACCUUCGCACCGUUGUUAUCCUCUCAGCGAUGGAUGAUCAAAAGAUGUUUGCCUCGCAUGCAUGCACACAACCAAAGACGACGUCCCUGAAAUGCGCUUGUAUUCGUUGUAUGAGAUCGACCAACUAUCAUCAAUAUUUUCGACGGCAUUUUGUGAAGCUCACAAAAAAAAUCGUGACAGACGAACCGACGAAAAAGAUCGUUGUAUGAGGUCGACCAAACAGCACACGAAAAACACCAUGAUAGACGAACUGACGACGUAAUAAUUGAGACAAACAAAAAAAUUUAUAAAAACAUUGCAAGAAAAAAAGAAGAAAAACAAAGACUCGUCCUGAAACGAAGAAGAUUUCAUGAAACACAUAAAACUGAGGAGCCAAACAAAUAGCAAUUCCCACU